AUGGAGCGGGCGCUGGGGCUGCCCGCAGAAGAGGACCUCUUCCACAAGAGCCUUGCCGCCUCGGCCAAGCGCAUGGAGUCUGCCUUCCGCUCGCCCCCGGGGCUCGACCUCUCCCACCCCCGCGACCGCCAGCCCUCGCCGCUCGCCUGCUACGAGGCGGCGGAGCCCGAGGCGCUGCUGCAGCCCGGCGUCGGCGGCGACCCGCUGGCGCUGCCGCCGGGCUCCGUGUGCGUCAAGUACGGCGAGAGCGCCAGCCGCAGCUCGGUGGCCGAGAGCAGCGGCGGCGAGCAGAGCCCCGACGACGACAGCGACGGCCGCUGCGAGCUGGUGCUGCGCGGCGCCGGGGGGGACCCGCGCGUAGCCUCGCCGGCGGCGGGCGGCGGCGGCGGCGGGGGGGGCGGGGGUCUGAAGGCGGCCGAGGGCGGCUGCUCCAACAGCCACGGGCACGGCGGCAGCAAGAAGUCCAAGGAGCAGAAGGCGCUACGCCUCAACAUCAAUGCGCGGGAGCGGCGGCGAAUGCACGACCUGAACGACGCGCUGGACGAGCUGCGGGCGGUCAUCCCCUACGCGCACAGCCCCUCGGUGCGGAAGCUCUCCAAGAUCGCCACGCUUCUCCUGGCCAAGAACUACAUCCUGAUGCAGGCGCAGGCCCUGGAGGAGAUGCGGCGCCUGGUGGCUUAUCUCAAUCAGGGCCAGGCCAUCUCGGCCGCCUCCCUGCCCAGCUCCGCCGCGGCAGCAGCGGCGGCGGCGGCUGCGCUGCACCCCGCCCUCGGCGCCUACGAGCAGGCGGCCGGCUACCCCUUCAGCGCCGGGCUGCCCCCAGCCACCUCCUGCCCGGAGAAAUGUGCCAUUUUCAACAGCGUCUCUUCCAGCCUCUGCAAACAGUGCACGGAGAAGCCUUAA